AUGUACUCGACCACAAAGAAAAAGCAAGCGGAGGAAGAGCGGCAAGAGGCCCUACGACAACAAAUCGCAGCUCUUCAAGCUCAACUCAAGGAUGGUGGCGGGUCGGAUCGCCCUCCUUCUCCCAAGCGCACCUCCGGGAUCCUUGUCCCGGAGACUCCGUCUAAGAAGAGGAAGCGCGAAGAGCAGGCUGCAAAGAAACCAGCCGCAUAUUUGUCCCGUACGCUUUCUGCAGGCCCUCCGACAUUCCCACUCAAGAAGCCAAAGAAGGAGCAGCCAUCACUCGCACCUCCCGCGGAGUCGACGCUGCUGAAGAAGCUCGCUGAGGCUCACAAGCAGAGAAACCAACCAGAAGCCUCGGAACCCGUCGCCCGAUCGGCAGAUUUCACUGCAGCCCCUCCGACUCCCGCCCCGCCCCAGCCCGGCUCGAACAUCAGAGACGAGAACCUCGCUCUGGUGGAGGAUCUCCAGAUGGGGCCCUUCGACCACAAACCCCCCUUCGAUGACCCUCAUUUCGAACGACUGGAGCCGAACUCGAACAUCCGACUCUCCUCCCGAGCGAUCCCCCACGCGGACUUCCAGGACUACCUGCGCGGGCGCUACUACCUCUCCCCCUCCAAGCUCUACUCCGUCGUCCGCCUCCUCCCCAACAAGGCCGGCUACGACGUCCCCAUCGACGGUGACUGGCUCACCAUCGCCGUCGUCGCCGAGCGCGGCCCAAUGCGCUACACGCAAGCCCCCGUCGCCGUCACACGCGACGACGACGUCUCUCGGCCAGGCAACGACGACGAGCGCAUGGACGCGCUCCCCUCCCUCAACGCCUCCGCCCAGCCAGGACCGUCGCGCCCCGCGCCCUUCCAGCGACGGCCCAAAGCCGAGGGCGCAAAGCCGUCCCGGGGCAAGAAGUACGUCAACCUGCGCCUGAUCGACUUCGGCUGUCGCUCGCGGGGCGGCGGCGUCGACGGCGGCACGGCCAAGAUCCGCGGCGACGCGUACCUCUCCCUCCUCCUCUUCGAGGCCGACGGCGCGGACGACGUCGUGACCGAGUCCGGCGCCAAGCGGAAGGUCUACCGCGGCGGGAGCCGGGGCGCGUUCGAGCGGAUGGCGAAGCUGCGCGAGGGCGCGGUCGUCGCGCUCCUCAACCCGCGCGUGCUCCGGCCGUUCCAGCGCGCGGCGGACCGGCCGCACCCGACGGAGAACGUGCUCGCGCUCACGCCGGAGUCGGACGCGGGCGUCGCGGUCGUCGGGUACGCGCAGGACCUCGGGAUGUGCAAGGCGGUCAAGCGCGACGGGAAGCGCUGCGAGGCGUGGUGCGACAAGCGGGUGAGCGACGUCUGCGACUUCCACGUCCAGGCCGCGGUCGAGCGGUCGCGCGCAGCGCGGCCGGAGUUUGCUAUCGGGACGGGCGGGAUGUCGUCCAGCGCGGUGAGGAAGAAGCCGGUGUACGACCCCGCGCGACAGUGGGGACUCAAGCCAGAGCCGGGCCGCGGCGCGACGUACAUGGUCAGCGGGCACGUCGUCUCCGGCUCGACCGCGGACCCGGGGGAGAUGUUCAUCGGGGAGAGCGUCGGCCGCGAGGCGCAGGCGCGGGCCGCACGCAAACUGGCUGCGAAGGACGGCGACGUCGCGCUGAAGCGACUGCUCGCGCGGGACAAGGAGGGCACCCGAGCCCUUGCGAGCGCGCGAGAAUUUGCGAAAGCGCAGGCGGAGGAGGCCGGGAAGGGCAAUGGCAAGAAGUCGGCGCGCGCGAACUCCGAGGACGAAGAGUCCGAGGACGACAAGACGAUGAGGAAGAGCGGCUAUUCGGCGGAGCUCAUCAAGCAGCUCGGCUUCGACCCCACCAGCAGAGGAGGUAAGCCGACCACGGACGCAAAUACGCAGAGCAAGCUGGGCACACUCGCCGCCCUCAAUUCUGCGCGGAAGAUUGAGCUAGGGCCUCGCCCGGGGAAGAAACGAUCGUGUGUCCAGAAGCCACUCCACCCGUCCGCCGACAAACCUCGAGUGGACUCGGGUAUGGUUAUACUGGACAGUGACUCGGACGAUGAAGUCGAGCGAGAAGAGAUAAAGGCUUUUGGGCGCCCCAUGGGACUUCUAGGAGAGGAGGAAGACAUGGUGGAUUUGGACCAGGAGUAA